AUUCCGGCAUUUGCAACUGCUGGAUGCCCUUUGUUCGGUGACCACUGCAUCACGCGCGCAGUCAGCGCUCUGUUCAGACACGAGGACGCCAUCACAGAUCACCACUCCCGCAACCAGCCCCGGAACACCCAGCGGCAAAUCAGAGUCCAGGGCAUCAACUUCAAUAGGUCGAACGCCAGCCGGGCACCUAUCCAUUUGUGCCGACUGCCCAGUCGUGCCAGUCUAUCCUGUCCUGUUCCCCUUAGGAGCUGGUCACAAUGUCUAAGCGUGAAGCGUUCAUACAGGCCACAGGAACGGAGACGGUAGACCAAUUCUUAAACUUCAUUGAGCUACAUAAAGAUGCAUCUGAUCCUUUUGAUCUGGAUGAAUUAAUGCAAGAACUGCCAAGGAAACAGAAAGAGGAAUUAUGGCAGAAGCUGAAGACUUUGCUGGCAGACACUCUCGUAGCAAAUCCAGUGGAAUCGUGGAACAAACUAGAUGAUGACAGCGAUGACGACAUGGAAGUAGAAGGAGCUUCAGAUGUGAAACACACAAUGGAUGUCAUACAUGGAGUUACCACUGUUGCUACAGCUUCUGUGUCUGUAAUAGAUGGAGACUUAACCUAUGGAGCCCUCCUGGAAUGCGCUGCCAUUCUCAACGAACUUUUGGAAGCUUUGCCAACAUCAGAAUCCAGGGUGCGUGUUGCCAUCCAGCGUCUGUGUGAAGCCUGGUGGGAGAAGGGACUGGAGGGAAAGGAGGAGUUUGGAAAAACUGCUUUUGUUUUGCUGCUGGUGAAGUCACUUGAUACAAAGUGUUUGGUUGCUGACAUUACUCGCCUAUGGCAACUGCAUCCAUCUCUUCUAUGCUUCGACUGCAAUUCAGCUGAGAGUAGCAAUGUGAAGGAUUUGUUACUCCAGUGCUUUAUGAGUAUUAACCACAUUAAAAGAGAGGAGGGACGUCGAUUUCUCAGCUUUUUGUUUAGCUGGGAUGUUAACUUCAUUAAGAUGAUUCAUGGAACUAUCAAAAAUCAAUUGCAAUGUUUUUCAAAGUCGUUGAUGAGCCACGUCGCAGAUAUAUAUUUUAGAGCCUGGAAAAAAGCAUCUGGGGAAGUUUUAACGACUAUUGAAAAUGCCUGUAUCCAGGACCUAAUGCAUCAUGGUGUUCAUUUGCCCAAGAAUUCUCCAGUUCACCCCAAAGUGAGAGAGAUACUGAGCUACUUUCACCAGCAAAAACUGCGUCAGGGAGUGGAAGAGAUGCUCUUCAGACUGUACCAACCCAUCAUCUGGAGAGGACUUAAGGCUCGACAUUCGGAGGUUCGAUCCAAUGCUGCAUUGUUAUUUAUUGAAGCUUUUCCUCUACGGGAUCCCAAUAUGAGUCAUGAGGACAUGGACAAUGAAAUCCAGAAGCAGUUUGAAGAACUUUUUAAUCUUCUAGAAGAUCCACAGCCUGUUGUCCGAUCUACUGGAGUUUUGGGGGUCUGUAAAAUUUCGGCUAAAUACUGGGAGAUGAUUCCUCCAUUGAUCUUGGCAGAUUUCAUGAAAAAAAUCCUUGGUGAUCUCGCUGCUGAUAUUAGCUCUGCUGAUGUGCGCUGCUCUGUUUUUAAGUGCUUGACCAUUCUUUUGGACAACAAACUAAGUCAUCCUUUAUUAGAACAGAUGUUGCCAGCAUUGAGAAACAGUCUCCAUGACAAUUCUGAGAAGGUCCGUGUGGCUUUUGUUGAAAUGUUGCUGAAGAUCAAAGCUGUCCGAGCUGCUAAGUUUUGGAAAAUAUGCCCCAUGGAUCAUCUCUUAGCCCGCCUUGAAACAGACUCACGACCUGUUUGUCGCCGUAUUGUCAAUCUGAUGUUUAACUCUUUCUUUCCCGUCAAUCAACCUGAGGAGACUUGGUGUGAGCGAUGUGUAGCGCUUAUACAAAUGAACCCUGGAGCUGCGCGGAAGUUUUAUCAGUACACCUACGAACACACUGCUCCAACCAAUAUAGCAAAACUAAUGCUCACUAUAAGGCGGUGUCUGAAUGCCUGCCUGCAGAAAACCAUUCGUAAUGAAGAUGAGGAGAAUGAAGAUGCCAAUGAGGGGGAAACGGAAAAGAAAAGCAAUAAGAGUGUGUUGGAAAAUGUGUUGUCUACCGAAGAUGCUGGGUCUAUGGGAAGUUUACUGGAAAUUGUGGUUAUUUUGUGGCGAAGUAUCAAAAAAGCUCUUGAUCAAAAUGAAGAGGCCAAAAAGUACACAAUAAGUAAAUUUGCUUCUGUGGUGCCUGAAUACUUUAGAUCAUUUAAGGACGAGCGCUGCACUGUCGCAUUAAUAAUCUUGGCUUCUUUUAUGCCUCCAUCUGCUGUUCCAACUUUCAGCUGCUCUGUCCUGUCUAAAUUGAGAAACCUGCAUUAUGGUGCUGAAGAAAACAAGUACUCCACAUUGAUAGACUGCUUGUGUCGCUGGGGGCAAGUGGGCCACAUACUGGAGCUUAUAAAUGACUGGCUAUCUGAGAGUUUCCCAGAGAAAAGGAGUCGAAAGGAUUCUGGCAGACAAGUCCGAAUUCAGGAUACAAUGGAGAGUAAGCCGGAGCUUGCUCUUGAUUAUAUGGAGUACAUUAUGACCCACACCAUGAAUCGAGAAUACCUUCUGUCAGUGCCAACUAAAAAGUUAAAUAACCUUUUAAAGGUUCUAGGGCUUGUAAAAGAGGUGCUAUGCUCCUUUAUGAAACCAACAAAAGAUACAGCUCACAAGAUCACUCAAGAAACAGCCCUGAGGGCUUUUAGCCUUUAUUGCAGGCUCAGUAUCCACCUCCAAUACAAGUUUAGCUCAGAAGGAAGAACAUAUUUGUCUGUCUUGGAGGACACAGGAUCAUGGAUUGAAGACACUGUUCUUGCACUUCUUGCUUCUAGUGAGAUAAUUUCAGAUAAGCAGUGCGAGUUGUCUCAAGAAAUACUUAAGACGUACCUGACUGUUUGUAAAGACGUAGUAAUGGUUGGCCUUGGUGAUUCAGAAUUUCAAGCUCAAAUUCUUCAAAUUGUUAUCUCAGCAAUACAAACUGAGAAGUCCUAUAACUGCCUGCCAAUGCUGAUUUCUGUACUGAAAGAGAUAACAGAAGUCUGCCUGGCUCAGAAGAUGAGUAAUGCCUCCGCUGACUUGGAUAAACAUCUUGAUGCUAUUCAGACAAUCUUCCACAAAGCACUAGAGACUGCCGCCCGUAGACUGCGGAAACAGCAGGAUGAAACGCUCCAGCUCAUUCAGUCCAUGCAAGUCCCUCUUAGCCAGUUCAUACACACCGUCCAGUGCUGGCAUACCGCUUCUUCUGAGGUCCACCGAGGAAUGAUCUCCACCCUUCUAGCUGCUGUGGUUGUAGAGAUAAGCCAUUCUUUACGCAAAAUUUCAGAUCCAAGUGAAAUUAUGCCACCAGAAUCUGUUUCAGAGCUGCCUCCACUCUCACGGUGUUUAAUGUCCAUUAUUAUAAAGACAUCCAGUGUACUGAGUUCAUUUUUAGGAGAAUUGGCAGAAUGCAUCUCUACAGGAGACAUUGAAGGAAUCCUGAGCUUGUCUGCCACCUUACAUAUAAUUAUGGUCAGCUCCAAAGGUAAAAAAUUAUCUGCUGCUGCCAAAGAUAUAGCUUCAACAAUUCAUCGGAAACUGAAAACAUAUAGAGAGAUCACAAUGGAAGAUGAUGAGAAUAUAGAAAGGGCCAUAUAUGAAUCAUCAUUGAGAACACUAGAUCAGCUCCUACUGCCCUAACUUCACUGCCAGAGAAAAGAUGCCGUGUUGUAUUACUUUGUUGUAUAGAAAAAAAAAAAUAUGGGGGGCAUUUUUUUGUAAUGUAGAAUUAUAUUUUUGGUGUUUACCGCUAUGUAAAUAUAUAUGAAUUAUUAAAAUAUAAUCU